UGACCACUUAACAAACCGAACUCAUGCUUGUUUCAUACUUAUAUAAAUCCUCAUUAUCACACAUUCAUUACACGGAAUCAUUUCAUGAAUUACCCUGGUCCCGUUAACCCCACCGCCCCCAGACCCUAUAGACCCAUCUGAGGAUGACCACUUCCACCUCUUUGAUAAAUACCCCACUCCCAUGCCUGACACCAGUACUCCCAUGAUCCCCCCAGUCGGGGUCCAAGCCGUCGCUCUCUCCUCGGACUCGGUCCGUGUCUCCUGGGCCGACAACUCCAUGACCAAGAACCAGAAGGCGUCUGAGGUCCGGUACUACUCCGUCAAGUGGAAGACCAGCUACUCCACCAGCGGGAAGUACAAGUCUGCAGACACCACGGCGCUCAGCCACACUGUCACCGGCCUCAAACCAAACACCAUGUACGAGUUCGCUGUCAUGGUAACCAAAGGUCGCAAGUCCAGUACGUGGAGUAUGACAGCGCACGCAACAACGUAUGAAGCAGCUCCUAGUUCUGCCCCCAAAGACCUGACAGUGAUCAGUCGGGAGGGACGGCCCCGCGCCAUUCUAAUCAGCUGGCAACCGCCCAUGGAGGCUAACGGACGAAUCACAGGGUACAUCCUGUACUACACGCUGGACAAGAACAUGCCGAUCGAUGAUUGGGUGAUGGAGGCCAUCUCAGGGGACAGACUGACCCAUCAGGUGGUGGAUCUGAACCUGGACACGGUCUACUACUUCAGGAUCCAGGCCAAGAACGCCAAGGGAGUGGGUCCGCUGUCUGAGCCGGUCCACUUCAGGACUGCCAAGGUUGAACAUCCUGACAAGAUGGCAAACGAUCAAGGUAGGCUUUUCCCCACCAAAAAA